GGCCGCGGUGGCGGCGGCGGCGGCGGCGGCGGCCGGAGCGGCGAGUCGAUGCCGCCCGGGAUGCGCUUCGCCCCGGCAGCUUUGGCGGCGAGGGCUCCCGUGGCUCAGGAUGAGACCUGGGGGCACGCUGCUCGCCCUGGUAGCCAGCCUGAUGCUGCUGCUCCUGCUGCGUCUGCUCUGGUGCCCUGCGGACACGCCCGCCCGCUCCAGGUUGUCGGUGGAGGACAGCAGGGAGGACACCCCUGGAACCUCGGCAGCAAUGAGGACUCUCAGGAGCCCGGUCACCUCAGUACCGCUCACCAGGAACAGCACAUAUCUGGAGGAGAAGUCAACUCAGCUGACAGAGAAAUGCAAAAAUCUGCAAUCUGACUUGAAGUCUUUAUUUAACAAAACGAGACGGUAUUCAGAGGAUGACUACAUUCAGAUCACCACAAACAUACAGAGAUGUCCAUGGAGACGACAAGCAGAAGAGUAUGAGAAUUUCAGAGCAAAGCUGGCUUCCUGUUGUGACGCAGUUCAGAGCUUCGUGGUUUCCCAGAAUAACACUCCACUGGGCACUAACAUGAGCUAUGAGGUGGAAAACAAGAGGCAAAUCCCCAUUCGAGAGAACCUUUUCCACAUGUUCCCAGUGACCCAGCCUUUUGUGAACUACCCCUAUAACCAGUGUGCAGUGGUUGGCAAUGGGGGAAUUCUGAACAAGUCUCUCUGUGGAGCAGAAAUUGAUAAAGCUGACUUCGUUUUUAGGUGCAACCUCCCCCCAAUCACAGGGAAUGCUAGUAAAGAUGUUGGAAGCAAAACGAAUCUUGUGACUGUCAAUCCCAGCAUCAUAACACUGAAAUACAAGAACUUGAAGGAGAAGAAAGCAAGGUUUCUGGAGGAUAUUUCCAACUAUGGAGAUGCCUUCCUUCUCCUGCCAGCCUUUUCCUACAGGGCCAACACAGGCAUCUCUUUUAAAGUCUACGAAACUCUCAAAGAGUCUAAAGUUAGGCAAAAGGUUCUCUUCUUCCAUCCCAUGUACCUGAGACAUCUUGCUACCUUCUGGAGAACUAAAGGGGUGACAGCAUACCGCCUGUCCUCAGGCUUGAUGAUCGCAAGUGUCGCUGUAGAAUUGUGUGAAAAUGUGAAGCUCUAUGGAUUCUGGCCUUUCUCUAAGACUGUAGAAGAAACACCUGUCAGUCACCACUACUAUGACAACAAGUUACCUAAGCGUGGUUUCCACCAGAUGCCCAAAGAAUAUAUCCAGAUGCUCCAGCUCCACAUGAAAGGGAUCCUCAAAGUGCAAUUUAGCAAAUGUGAAACGCCCUGAUGUUUCUUAAUAUGAGAAUAGUUUUCACUGGAUGUGAUAGGUGAGUUGUGGUUUUGCCAAACACUAGAGGAGGAAGGUGCAGAGAGUGGAGGAUUACAAAAGAGCUCCCCAACUUGGCUAGACCAAAGCACCCCACUAACUUUGCAGCCUCCACUAGCCACCCGUUCCAACCUUCAACUUUCUCUGAAAAUGGAGAUCAUGAUAUCAGUCUCAGACAAGUAAAAUGAGAUCAUUUUUUAAAAGCCUCCUGGCAUAGAAUUUGAUUUGAGGCAGGGACUCACUGAAUGUUUCCUUGUUACUAUUUGUAAUAGCCAUUUCCACUUUUACCAGAGUGGUAAUGAAAUGAGCCAAAGACCCUUCCUGAAGAGAAUCACGAGGACUCAUUGAUUUCUUACUCACAGCCCUUCCUUUAUUAAUAAUAUCUUCCCAUUAUUCUCUCUCUCCUAAAAGAGUACAUACAAAAAUAUAUCAUUCAACAAGAAAGCGUUGAUUAUUCAGGAAGAAAAAAAUCUUUUUUACUUGGCAUUGUUCCUGUCUUUGAUUCAGUUCUCUUAUGACGUUAGCUGCAUUGAGGUGUUGGUUGGAUUUGGGGCAUUUUCUUGCCCCUUUUGUCUACAUUUUCUUUGCCUUUAUCAUUUUAUAUCAUUUUAUACUAACUUCCUGCUUUUCUCCCCGUACCCCCCCCCCACCAGCACUGAAAGGAUCCACUCAGUGACAUAAGUAGUUACAAUACUCACUACUUCUCACUAUUAUCUUGUCUGUGGAGUUACUCAUCCAAUUUUUAAAAAUGUGGAACAGCUAUUUGAUGUCCAGCCCUGGGGCCAGGCUCUAUGGGAGGGUAUGAAGAUAUCGCCACUGGCAGAAAAGCAGGUACAUGUCAUUAAUGGAUAAGAUACCACAGUUGUCAUCAUGACUGUCACAAACACAGUGCUGGAAGGACCCUAGACAAGAACAGUUAAGUCUGUUCUAGUGGAAUCAGUUUCAGUGUAACUAGUCCAGAGAAGAGAUGGUUCCAGAAUUAAGACUAUAAAAUAGUCCAGUCUUACUUAGCAAACUAAAAGGAUUCUAGGUAGAGGGGAUGUAACAGGAAGAGAAUGCUGUUCCCUUGAUUCUGAUCAUCAAAACAAGUGUACUAGAAGGCAGAGCAGAAUGCUGCCCUACAAACUCCAUACUGGGAGAGGGUACAGUGGGUGGGGUGAAGGGUUUUGCACACACUGGUGAAGUGGGAGUAAUUUGGACCCAGUCGCUUCAAGAGGAAGACUUGGAAUGGAAACACUGAACAUAUUUCUCCAGGGAGAGACGAAUGUUUUCAUGAGAAAUUACAUCUGUAAGCAUCAGUCUAGAGUAAAAUUUGAGUAAACAAAUAUGAGCAUUUUACACUCUUUGCUGAUGUUCCAGUGACACCCCUUAAUGUAAGUCAUAACACAUUUAUUAAGUUAUUUGACAAAUAUUCAUGUGCAUGCAUUCCUGCUUAUCCAUGUAUAUUUCCAAGAAAUCUAAUAGGAGUAUAGAAGAUGAGGUCCACAUGCCAAGAUAACUAUAAAUUUCAUUUUUAAUUCUUACCUGAGCCAUGUUGUUGUUUAUCAAAUGCUUUUUUUGAGGAAACACUGUGCCAUGAAUUCUUCAUUCUGAUAUAACCUUGUAUUUGACAUUUGUGAUGUUAUUUCAAGUUUACAUUUCUUUUGUUCUUUUAUAGCAAAUUAAACUUACUAGAUUUUAAAUUGAUCAAAGGUUCAUAUAUAAAUAUUUUUCAAAAGGUAAAAGGCUUUUUGUUACAUAAAAUCAAAUUUAUUUAUUAUCUUUCUUCUUCUGGUGAAUAGAGGCUCUUUUAUGCUGCUGCUAAUGGAUUUAAUUAGCUUUAAAUAUCUCCUAGCAACAUUGGUCAUGUUUCAAUCAUGCUAUUAGCAAAGAAAUAUUUUUUAAAGUAGAUCAGAAAACUGUCCUUUUUAUAGUUAAUAAAAAUGUUUCUCAAAGUAUUUUAUGGCUAGAAGAAACAAAGUCUUUUUGAUAGUAUUAGAAAUACAUGAUUGAUAAACAAAAGUGGUAUACUAUACUGACUUAAAUUAUUAAAUAAACAACGUAGAGAUGUUAUAAAAUGUUCUAGCAAAAAUUAUGUCUGGUCAGGAAGUUCUGAACUUACUUAGUGUUUUCCCAUAUAAAAUGCUCUUUUAACUCAGGAGAUUUUAAAUAUAUAUAAAAAAUAGCUCUUCAGUGUCACACAUGUGGAUUUCAGAAAUUCUCAAGGUAACAUGAGAUUAAUGAUCCUGGUGAUAGCCCUGUUUCAACAAAAAUUCAAUAGAAAAAAAAAUUCUUGAAACUUCUGUGUAGAAAAGCACAGAGUUCUCCACAUGCAAAUCAUUGAUCCAUUUCUUGUUUCAUGUCUGUGUUGCCAAACUGGAUUGUGUUUGAAGUUUUCCCACAACUCUACCUGGAUGAACACAGGCCGUAGUCAGAGGAGUCCCUGAGAUUCCCUGAGUGCUGUAGUCAGCUCUUCUGGUGCCUAGUCCACAGAGCUACAUGAUGGAGUUUGUAGCUUUUUUUGGUGCUGUGAUCAGAGUGUGAAACUUGCAGCAAUUCACUGCCAUGGGGCAUAAAGAACUAUGACUAAUAGUUUGCAGUUCCCAAAGCUGAUACACGGUUCAUAAAAUCUCAUGUUUUGUGUUGGGCACUGGAUGCAUUGUAGGCCACCUGCGUGUCUCCAACACAUUCCUACUUUGAAUCUACUUUCCACAUGGGUCUGUAGUUGUGAUUUUGCCGUAAUUUGGGGCUUCUGGCUGUUACUCAAACUCUCUUUAGAAGAGUCCACAUCUAACAAGAGUGGGUGGCUCAUUUGCAUCUUGGUAUUUCCUACCUGGGUGAUCAAUACUCUCCCUUUGUUCCCUAUGAUCUGCCAAUAAUGCUCUUUGGUUCCCAAAAUCAAAAUGGCUAAAAACAUUCUAAAAUAUGCCAGCAUGUAAAUUGUGGUAAUUCCUGUGUAUCAGCUAAAUAAUUUGUAAAACAAAACUCAGUUCUUUUUGUUUCUUAAUGGUGGAUAAUACUAUCUCAAGCUUCCACCAAGAUCAACACACACAAAAAAUGACCAUCAACUCCUUGUAGACUUAUAGAUUAACAAUAUGAUAACACUGUCAAGGAGUCUCUGUGUGGUGAGCAUUGCUUAACUGCUGGCAGGUGGGUUGAAUUUGAUAUUCUGCUACUAAAUUCCAGUCUAUCUAUAGGCAUUAAAGACAGGUAGUCUGAAUACUAGUGCUAGGUAAUGGUAGACUUUCAGUUAGGAAUUUUAGGAUACCACAUGUUUCAAGGUUCUGAGAGAAAUACUAGGUUGUUUGAUUUUAUUUUCUGUUUCCUGUUCAACAUCAUUGGACAAUGUAACAGAACAAUAAAAUUCCAAAAUAAUUUCUUACCAAAUCCAAAGGAAAAUAAAUACACAUUCCAGUUCAUCACUGAUAGUGCUGCAUGUGAGAAGGACUCUGUGGAUGGAGGUAUAGUUUUUUUUUUUUUUAACUCUCAAGAAAGACAAAGACAGCGCCUGAGUUUCAUGAAAGAUUUCACACCACAUGUAAAUUUAAACUUAGCAAACGUAUGGACUUUCAACAGAUAAUCAAGGGCAUUCUUUUCCCUGAGAAUUUUCUUUGUAUAGAAUACUGAAUUGCCAUAAAUCAGAUCCACUUUUGCUUAUACCUUUUUCCUUGCUUACAAAAAAUCUUGCUAGUUAAAUGACUUAUCAAGUAUUCUGAAUCAUUUCAGGAAACUUUGGGAAAAUUUAAAAAAUUGCAUAUAGGAGGUACGCUAUGAUCUUAAACUAUUGCAGAAGUAUAGUUUUGAUGUGACAUAUACAAUAUUUUAUUUAUAUAAUAUUAUAUGAAAAUAAUUAUUUUGCUAUUAAACAUUGAAAACAUUGCAAGGAUCUGUUAUAUCUGAUAGACAUAGGAAGAGUCCUUCUCUAUACAUAAUCCAAAAACCCAGAUUGUUUAAUAUUUCUUGUUUAUGUGUGGUUCUGAAGGCUGGAUAAAAACACCUCUUGACUUUUAUUACUCUGGCUCAUUGCUCUUCUAGGAUCAUUCUUCUUUCUAUAAAAAUAUUCAAGUGAUGAAUGAUAAAGAUGCAUUGCUUAUGUAAUGGAGACAGUCAAACUCCUUUUUAAGUAAUUUAUUUAAAUUUAUUUUAUGUGCAUUGAUGUUUUCCCUGCAUGUAUGUCUGUGUGAGAGUAUCCGAUCCCCUGAAACUGGGGGUAGAGACAACCGUGGGCAGCCAUGUGGGUGCUAGGAAUUGAACCAGUGUUCCCUGGAAGAGCAGCUAAUGGUCUUAACUGCUGAACCAUCUCUCCAGUCACAACAGACAGUCAAACUCUUUAAAAGGGAGUUUUGGAACACAGAUCAUUACAUGGGAAGAAGUGUAUGCCUCUACAGUACCAUGGGAGACAAGAAGUCAGGCCCCAGAUAGAUUAGAUGAUAGCAAAGUAACAGCAUAAAGCUAAAAGAAAGAAAAAUACAUCGUUAAAGGUUGCACUUCUGCACAUGACCAAGGGUAAGUAUUUUAAGUAACUAAGCUAACAAAUGACAGAUGUGAUUAUAUUAAAAUGCAAUAUUUCUACUUACUAAAUGACUCAUAGCUGUCCUAUGGCCCAGCCAUCUCACUUUAGGCUUUAUGUGCCAGAGAACUUCCAGGAGACAAAUAUUGAGACAGACAAUUAGACAAAGAAUUUUUCAUCUUGGGAAAUUAAUGAGUUAAGCUUGGUGGUUACAUAAUGUGAAAAAUAAUACAGCUGUUAGAAGCAACUUGCUAUAGGGAGAUAUAAUAAUGAUAGGUCUUAAAGUUUUAGCAUAAAGGAGAAAUGAACUUUAUCAAUGCCAUCCCAUUACUUAAAAGUAUAUACUUUAAUGCAUAUUUAUCAAAGUCAUAUGUGAAAUACAAGAAAUGUGUCUACUUAGGAGAGGGUAAUGGGAGUGAGCUUAGGGAUAAAACAUGUCAUCACACAGCCAUGGAUACAUAGAUUCUUAUUCUCAUAUAAAGUAUUUUACUAACAUAAAAAUAGAAUCUGAGACACAAAACUGUAAGUAAUUUACAUAAGGUUGCAUUAUAGGAGCAAAGGUAGCAUCCAAACUCUCCUGUCUGACUAUAAAGCCAUUUCCCCCAAGUAUGCAAGUACAGAGGGAAAAGAAAAGCCAAGGCCAUAGCUACAACUGACAUAUAACCGACCGAGUAUAUUGAAAGUGUACAACUUGCAAAGUUUUGACCUGUGCAUACUCAUGAAGCCAUCUCCACUAUCAAUAGGCACAUCCAUCCCCCUCCCGCCCCCAAUGUUUCCUUGUGCAUUUUGUAAUCGGUUCUUCUUACUGCUUGAUGUUUCUACCCUUGUUCCUAAGAUCUGCUUUUCUAUAGACUAGCUUACAUUUUUACAAUAUAGACUGUUUACAUUUUUUUAGAAUUUUGUACAAAUGAAAUCAUGUUAUGUACAAUCAUGUGCUGUCUUGCUCUUUUUCUCAAAAUGAUACUAUGAAGAUUGAUUUUUAUUUGUGUAUCAGUAGUUCGUUUCUUUAUUUUCUGGGUGGAAUCUUGUUAUGUAAAUGUACCACAAUCUGUUUAUACCCUCACCUGUUUAUAUACAAUUUUGUUGUCUAAUAGUUGUGGAUGCUACUAAUAAAGUUAUCACCAACAGUCGUGUCCAAGUU